AUGCGCCAAAGCUGUGAAGCUGGCAUAUAUUUGAAAGCGUCAGAUGAUGGAAAAGCCCUGGUAAUAACAAAAAUGACAGAGGACUACAACCAUGAGGUUUCCCAGUUAUUAUAUAGUCAUCUUCCUAAUCAAAGAAAAAUCACACCCGAAAGUAAGGCAAUUGUAUUGGAGCUAAUGGACCUUAAGGCAAAUAAAAAAAUGAUCCAACAUAAAAUAAUGAAUGAAAGUGGAAAAAUUGUUACCUUGAAAGAUUUAUCAAACAUCCAUAUGUUCGAAUGCUUAUUUUCAACAAAUUCAAAUUUAAUUGAAGAUGAAGAAUUAUCAUUUAAACAAUUGGAAGAAUUUUAUAGUCCUGAUGUAGAAUGUUUUGACAAAUCAUUUUUUUAA